AUGGCUGGGUUGGCGACUGUCUCCACCCUGCGAUUGCCUAUAGGCAUACGGACAUUCAGUGAGUUGCGAGAUCUCUCUACAUUUGGCAAAAACCGGUUGAAUACAGUGCUGGGGCCAAGAAUACGGAUUAAACAGCCAAUCAGAUAUGUGACAUCUUGUGGCAUCCUUAUGACUAGGACCCCCAGGAUUCUUGUCCAUUUGGACAGGAGGACAACUAUCAUUCCCCCUAGCAGAACCUUCCUUAGUCUGGCCAACAAGAGGAAACAGUAUUCAGAACGAAGAAUCAUUGGUUACUCGAUGCAGGAGAUGUAUGAUGUGGUGGCCAACGUGGACGAUUAUAAGCACUUUGUUCCGUGGUGUAAGAAAUCUCAGUUCAUCAUGCAGAGAGCCAGCCAUGCUAAAGCCAAACUAGAAGUGGGUUUCCCCCCUAUAGUCGAGAGAUACACCUCCAUGAUCACCAAUGUGCGCCCUCAUCUAGUCAAGGCUGUUUGCACAGAUGGUAAACUGUUCAACCACUUGGAGACAAUAUGGCGUUUCAGCCCUGGAAUACCUGGUUAUCCCAGAACCUGUACUGUUGAUUUCUCUAUAUCUUUUGAGUUUCGCUCUUUGCUACACUCGCAGUUAGCGACGGUCUUCUUUGAUGAAGUCGUGAAGCAAAUGGUUGUUGCCUUCGAGCGCCGAGCUUGCACCAAGUUCGGCCCAGAGACUAAAAUACCCAGAGAACUCAUGUUCCAUGAGGUGAACCAAACGUGAGCCUCCAUGUGCUUGUACUUAUCUGGGAGAUUACACACGUUUUCCCCACUUUCAACCCAUUGCAUUUUGUGGACGACCAUUAAAUGACUGUUGUUGGACACGGUUGAAGUGGGGAAUGGAUCUACAGCUUGACUGCUUGAACAACACAGCCACCACUUGCAUGUGAAAAGAGCAUCAUUUGAGACUGGACCGUCCUCCGUAUGUACUGGAUUCGUAGGCCAUUUUCCUAUUUAUUGCCAUUUUGCUGCAGAGCCUGAUAUUUACUGAAGCAAAUUACAUAUUUUGAUAGGUGUAAUGAAUUGUCAGGCUUUCAAGGUUAUUUUUACCAAUCUAGUAAAUACUUCAGCUAGUUAACUGGGCACUAAUAAGAGAACUGAACAUAAUAUAAUUUGGGUGGUCAGAAUUACCAUGUCACACCCAUUUGAUUUUCAUAAGAUGUUUUAACUGGUUUGAAUCAUGUCCACACAUUAAAUCUAUGUAAAAAUAUAAACACAACAAUUUUACUGAGUGUGUGUAUAUAAGGAAAUCAGUUAAUUGAAAUAAAUUCAUUAUGCCCUAAUCUAUAGAUUUCACAACUGGGAUUACAGAUAUGCAUCUGUUGGUCAGAUACCUUAAAAAAAUUGACCUCACAAUGGGGCUCAGGAUCUCGUCACACUAUCUCUGUGCAUUCAAAUUGCCAUCAAUAAACUGCAAUUGUGUUCCUUGUCCGUAGCUUAUGCCUGCCCAUAUCAUAACUCCACCGCCAUCAUGGGGCACUCUGUUCACAACACUGACAUCAGGAAACCGCUCGCCCACAUGAUGCCAUAUACGUGGUCUACGGUUGCGAGGACGGUUGGAUGUACCGCAAAAUUCUCCAAAAUGACGGAGGUGGCUUAUGGUAGAGAAAUUAACAUUCAAUUCUUUGGUAACAGCUCUGGUGGACGUUCCUGUAGUCAGCAUGCCAAUUCCAUGCUCCCUCAACUUUAGAUCUGUGGCAUUGUGUGACACAACUGCAUAUUUUAGUGGCAUUUUAUUGUCCCCAGCACAAGGUGCACUCGUGUAAUGAUCAUGCUGUUUAAUCAGCUUCUUGAUAUGCCAUACCGGGCAGGUGGAUGGAUUAUCUUGGCGAAGGAAAAAUGUUCACAAACAGGGAUGUAAACAAAUUUGUGCACAACAUUUGAGAGCUUUUUGUGCAUAUGGGCAAUUUCUGGGAUAUUUUAUUUCAGCUCAUGAAACACGUGAUUAACACUUUACAUGUUGUUUAUUUGUGUUCAGUGUAUUUAGGUUUUAAUUAGUUUAACCACAAAGAUAUUUAAGGACCACAGGAUGUUAUUAGUUGGUGACCUAAUUUCUCAGACCAAGCCUAUGCCCACCCAUGGUUGCACCCCUUCAGUCAUGUGAAAUCCAUAGAUUAGGGCCAAAUGAAUUUAUUUUAAGUUACUGUUUUCCUUAUAUGAAGUCAGUAAAAUCUUUGAAAUUGUUGCAUGUUGCGUUUAUUUUUGUAUAGUAUUAUGGCGGAUUGACAUUUGCCUAUGUGGUGUUUAAUUGUAAUAUUCUGAAUUCUAAUCACUCACAUUUGAUUGAAAGUGAGAUUUCUAUAUCGCUUUCCUAUAACAUUCCCCUGAUUUGCCUUAAUGUUUAUUUUGGGGUAAAGGUACAUUUUAACGUCAUAUUAAUCUCCAGCACCACCCCAACAAAUGUGAAAACGGCAUGUUUGUUUUGAAAAAGUUUACAAUGACAUCAGUGUGCAUCGUGAUUUUAACCAAUUAUGAGUAGGCAUUACCUACUAAUUGGAAACACUUAGAGGAAGAUAUUUUUUACUUCAAAACAUAGAAACACUCCAUUUUCACAGGUUUGGGUGGUGCUGGAGAUGUUGAAAAGGGGUGAUUCUGUUGGUGGGAAUCAGGGCUCUUUAGGUCCUGCCAGCCAUUACAACCCCUAAGUGCAUCCCUUUUACGUAUGUAUUUUAGACUUUAAAACAAAAGCCAAUAAACCAAAGUAUAACUUU